UUACACAACGAUUCCAUCAGCAGAGAGGAGGAAUUAAAUUUCCUCAUUUUUCCUUCGAUUAAAGUGAAAUAUCUGAGUUUUUCUUCAUUUAUCCGGGCGACAGUCGUUCCCCUGCGCGAUAUUUGGCAGAUAUUUCCUUAAAAAUCCUCAAAUCACAGUAAAAGAUGGAAGAAUAUGGCAGAGAACCGUGUCCCUAUCGCAUUGUUGACGAUUGCGGCGGUGCUUUUGCGAUGGGAUGCAUUGGCGGAGGCGUUUUUCAAGCAAUCAAGGGAUUCAGAAAUGCUCCUUCCGGCUUCAGUAAACGACUUGUUGGCAGUUUGAUGGCAGUCAAGACACGAGCACCCAUAAUUGGCGGAAAUUUCGCAGUGUGGGGCGGCAUGUUCAGCACAAUCGAUUGCACACUCGUUCACUUCCGCAAAAAGGAAGAUCCAUGGAACUCGAUUAUCAGCGGGGCAGCGACGGGAGGCAUUUUAGCGGCGAGAAAUGGCGUCGGAAUGAUGGCAGGCAGUGCGUUAGUUGGCGGAGUUUUGCUUGCACUCAUCGAAGGCGUUGGAAUUUUGUUUACACGAUUGUCUGCGGAUCAAUUCAGGAAUCCCGCGCCGCCAGAAGACCCCUCAAAUAUAUUGGGAUCGCCAUCGGCGCAAGGACUGGGGAAUCAAACACCGGCUUAUCAGUAAAUUUUUUUUUAGCGUAGACACUUUUUUCCUUCCUGAUGCUUGAGAGGCGACAUACACGUAGAAUUGAGAAGAAUCCACGAAUUAAUGGAAAAAAUAUACAAAGAAAAAAAAUAGAGACAGAUUAUAUUUUAUGUUUAUCGUGAUAAUUUUUUUUUAUUAAUCUUUCAAUAAAACUUGCAAGUCAUCGGGAAUUUUCUCCAAUUAGGCAUAGAAAAUAAAA